GUAAUCUCAGGAAGGGAAGUAAAUGUUGGCGGUAAUUUCCAUCACUUUACUGUGAGACCCAACAAAACAGUAUUAUUGAAAUGUAAUUUUUAUUAUAUUGGUAUAAUUACUAUUAAAGAAUUUCAGGUAAUGAAUGAUUCUACAAGUAACGGCAGUAGGUUAGUUCAUACAAUGCAGCUCUCAAUUGGCAAUAUUUGAAUUAUUCUACUUUCAUUACACAGUGACUCACUCAGUGACGAUCACAAAUUCCAAAUCAUUUUCAUUCACACUCGUCACACUCAGUUGUGGUCUGUACUGUGAGUCAAACUCAAACUGAAACUGUAUUAAAAGAUUUAUUCAGAGUAACUGUAAACUAGUUUAAACAUUGUUUAGUAAACAGUGACUCUUGAAUUACUCCCUGCUUUGAGAUUUACAAAUGGACCAUCUUCCAGGUUACUCUACACACUGAGAAAGGUGGAGGAGGGGGGUGGAGACUUUGAUGGGGGUGGGGGGAUGAUCUCUGCAGGGUAUAUACUGGGUGACCAAAUCAUGAACUGGAAAAAACGGGACAAACAUAAGGAGGGUUUGGGGGGAUACCCUCCAGCUAAAGAGGGGUCUCAACCUGAAACUGUUGAUAAAGGCAAUCCUAAACUCCACAGUGUAGAGUCUACAUGUCUAAUGCUGUAAUUUGUAACACUAAUCACUCACAAUAUUUUGUGAUUAUCCUUGCUAUGUUUUUCACAAGUGAACUCACUAUGAUUAGAUAUAAUUAGUACUAGUGACCUUAGUUUAGUAGUAGAAGUAGUAUCAGUAAUAUUUAAAUUUAGGCUAAUCUACCAUUCACCUUUGAGGCCAUCCAUAAACAAUGACUUAAUUUUAUAAUCAAAUAUUUAAGGGAUGCUAAAUAGAGACUCAGCAGUGGAAACCUGUGACACAUUUUUUUACUGUGACAUCACAAUUGUCUAUAAUAUAGAUGGCUGGCACUAAUUAAAUUUUGCUUACAGAAAAUUGCAGUCUAAUGUAAUUAUAAUAUAGUAUAAGAAUUAAGAUCAUAGCAGUGCUACUCUCAGUGGUUAUUAUUAGUGACCACCACAUAUUGCCAGGGGAAAAUGUUUUGGAAGUUUACAAAAAACAAUACCAUGUUAUUAAUAUUAAUGAUAUCCAAUAAAUUGGCCUCAGGGUAAAUAAUCCUUGCUUGUCUUUCACACUACACUCUACACACUUACACACUGAAAAGUUUGAGAAAUACCAAAAUAUAGUAUUGGAUUACAUAUCUUAAAUCCUUAGACUUUGAUAAGUAGAAUCUUCAAUUUUGUAAGGUUGAUGAACUUUUCAGAACAAAAAAUUACAUUAACAAGAUGGAUACACUCUCUCCAUACUAAGAUGGCACAUUUCUUGUUUUGCACCUGUAGUCUUUUUUUUUCCUUUUAAAUCUUUUUUUUAGCAAUAUGUUGCUGAUGGCUAACGAUUAAAACAGCAUCACACAACAUAAAAUUAUUGUUGUCUCAUGCCAAUGUUAUAACCCUUUAAAGGUGAAUUUAAAGUUUUAAAAAAUCAAUUUACUCAAAUUUGAUGAUCUUUCUAUUUACAGUGGAAAUGAAUCAGUCAACUUAUGAGGUUGAUCGCAGCAAAAAUUGCACCAUAGAGUCUCCUAUUUGUGAUCGUCUAAAAAAUGAACCCUGUUGGCUUGGUAUUGAUGAGGCUGGCCGUGGGCCAGUUCUAGGUAUUGAAAACUGCUAACUUUUCUUAAUGUCCUCACAUAUUUAAUCUGGUUUUUAAAAAAAAUGUCCCAUGAAAAAAUCACAAGGGGAGAAGUUUAAAUUUUGAAGAAAAUUUUUUUAAAGUAAAAUUAAUUGUGUUAAUUGUGUAAAUAUUAAAUGGACUGUUUGAAUAUGUAAAUCAAACUGUACACCUUUUUUUUUUUCAAAGCCAUUGGACUACUGGCUAGCAAGAAUAUUUUAAAAUAUUUUGUCUUGGACAGUUCCUCAUUAUUCUGUGUCUGAUAAUUCAUCAUCAUAUUAUGAUUCAACUAUUAAUUCAAAUAGCAAAUUACUUUUGCAGACCUGUUUACUCUUACGAUUUUGGCGUACAAUGUACGAUUUUUAGAUGUCUUUUACGAUUGUACGCCGAGACCCGCCAAAACUACAAUUUUCAGAGACCCGGUGAAAAAUAUUUAUGUAAUUUUGUCAGAUUUAAAAAAAGUUUUAAAAUGUUCGGUUGUGGAAGCUUUAGCCCUAUGGCCCCGCAUUGAAUGGACCCAGAAAAACAUUGGUUUUUCUAUGUUUUUUUAUAGUUGGGACCAUCCUUCAUUAUAUUAUGUACGCACUGAAAGGUGAGGUGGGGAUUGUUGAUUAAAGAGAUUGGUGGCAUACCAGAAACACGGGUAGGGGGUGGGAUAGGUGGGACUUUCAAAAGAUAUAAAAAUAUCACCGCAACGCAUCCUAUUGAUGGUGGUGAUUGUCUUAGUGUUGCUUUGCGUGUCACAGUGAACUAGCCAGCUGUGUCAGCAGCAAUCUUUAGGCUAGUCGCCUGGCAACAACUUCACUCACCACCUCCUUGGACUGCUACUGCUAGCAAGCGUGUGUUCGUCUGAACCGCGAGGAUUGUGAAGAGAGAAAACUAGAGGUGUAAGAUUUAGUCAGUGGCAUUAAAAAAAAUAUUUUAGAACUCGCAGAGCAGCUCUAUCCAGAGGCGUAGCGAGGGGGUGGGCAGGGGGGACGGAUGUCCCCGGGCGCCAGCUAGUUAGGGGCAUGUUUCUUUCAGAAAUUUUCCACCGCGGGAGCACUUCAGAUUUUCGGGGAAGGGGCACUUCAGAUUUUCGGGGGGGGGGGGGGCAGUGCUAGCAGUUCCAGUUGAUUUUUUGUUGGACAUAUUGUACUGUAUUGUACGAUUUUGAGGUGAUAUUGUACGAUUUUAGGAGUUUGAGGGUAAACAGGUCUGCUUUUGUAUUGUAAUUUUUUUUAUAUUGUAAUUGUAUAUAAGUUUUUGUUAUAUUUCGAAAAAGUAAAUGAUAUCUCUACAAGCAUAAGCUUGGUAUUAUUAUUAUUUAUAUGUUAGCGGCCAUGUGUGAAAUCCGGCAUUGUAUAGAAUGCCUAGGAAUUAUAUGGAAUGCCUGAAUUUUGUAGGCAAAGUAUGAAAUGAUUUAUAUUUCACACAUUUCCUAGGCUUUCUAUACAAUGCCGGAGAUCAACCCGGCAAUGUAUAGAAUACCCCGCCAUUCAUGCUUGAUUCUUUGCUCAGCGGUGGCGUGGCGAUCGCGACACAUGUGCUUCCUGCUCCCGCCAAAGACGCUUGCCCCUAUUGUUUCAAGACCGCUGCUGAGAUGUUAGAAGAUCAGAUUGUAGUUACAGAUCAGAAAUAUUGACAUGUUUACAUGCAACGGCGGUUCUACAGUGAACAUUCUCAAGUACGAGGCAAUUUAGCUAAAAACCAUGUUUCAAUAAGGAGACCAGUUACCCAAAAUUAGUGGAUGAUGUGAAAAAGGCUAAAACGACUACUCAGAAGGAACUACGAGACUAUUGGCUGCUGAAACGCUAUGAUGUAAUGGCGGUAGAGAACAAAAUUAAGUUGAUUUAUACUGUUAAAGAGGGCGACAGUGCUACUCCGUUCUAUGUCACGGAUUUUGCAUUAUUUGUUGUACAAUAUGAGGCUCAUUUGGCCAUAGGACACGGAGGAUGGGAUAAAAUGUUGAAAGAGCACAACACAAAUAUGAGAACAUUAAUUGUAGUGAUAUUGAACUGUAUUUCCACCUUUGUGAGCCAUGACAAAAGAAAUAAAAAGGUGUCAAAAAGGGUGUCAUGGUGAAGCCUACGGUUUUUUCUGAAUUCAACUCCCGUGGUCAGGUGGAUCUUAUCGAUGUUUAGUCCCAUCCUGACAGGGAAUAUAAAUUCAUAAUGGUGUACCAAGAUCAUCUCACAAAGUUUGUGGUUCUGAGGGCUCUAACAUCAAAGAGGACGGUAGCCUUACACACUCGUGGACAUAUUGACGUUGCUUUGAGCUCCAUCAAUUCCACAGCCUGAUAAUGGCAGGGAAUUUGCAAACAAUGUGGUGAACAGCCUAAAGUAGUACUGGCCCACGUUGAAGUUCGUCCAUGGUAAAUCGCGUCACUCACAAAGCCAGGGCAGUGUCGAAAGAGCUAAUCAAGACAUUGAAAACAUGCUAUGAGCUUGGAUGCAAGAUGAAAAAAACUGACCACUGAACUCAGGGGUUAUGAUUCGUCCAACUUAUUAAGGACUGGGCCUUUCAUUCUGGAAUUUAGAGAGCGCCUUUUGAAGCUCUGUUUGGCUGCAAAGCUAAAGUGGGCCUCGCAACGUCUUGCCUACCCCCUGACAUUUUGCAAGACAUACAGACUGAGGAAGAACUCGAAAAAAUAAUAGAAAGCGUACAAAUAACACAGCAGGAAGAAGCAAAUCACCAGAUGCAAGAUACAGAGCCUACUACACAGAAUACUGAAGAGAAUACAACCAAUAAUGGAAGAAAGCAAACUGAUUGUGAUGGCAGGGUUACCAAAAGCCUGCCACUUCUGCUGUUUGUUGGGUCUGCUUAAAAGAAAGCAGCAGUGUCCAUACAUGCCGACACUGUUGCCGUCAUGUUUAUGUUAUCUGUGGGAAUGCUGCUAAAGACGAUGGAGAUGAGGAAAUAGAAGGUUAAUGUGUUGAUAUUUUGUGCAGCCUGUGUUUCAAGAUUAAGAGAGCUGUAGAAUUAAGCUAGAAAAGAAUCUAAAUCGAACCUUGAAAUCCAGGCCAAAGAAAAUAAACUCUGACAAAAAAAAUUCCCUCCUGCACCUUUAGGAGCCACUGGCGAGUUCCUAUUCCUGACAAUGACAAGGGACAGGGUGACGCCAGCUCUCUGUUGGCAGUUGUUAUGGCAGUGACAGAAGACAGCUUUUACCGACUUGGAACUGCACAACGUAUCUUGAAACAACUGUAUGCGAGAUCACCGUCCGAUGAGAGUUGAAGACGCCCCUGACUAUGAAAUACCUCUCCGAUCCGCUGCUAUCUCUCAGUCAACAGGAAGUGGUCAAGGAUUCCUGAGGUGUAUGUUCAAGACCAAUUGCCAAAACAUGAAGUGUCUUUGUGUGAAAAAGAAAAUCAAGUGCAAUUCAAAAUGCUACUCCAGCCUUACAUGCUGCAACAAAUAGCUGGAUGCCACCUUUACUUUCCCGUUCCGUUCUUAAGAACGUCCUUUACUCAUUUCUUUUUUUCUUCUUUCGUUUGCAAAUAUGAUUUUUCUAAUAAAAACGCUUUCAUUACGCUCUUUUUAAACUUUGCCUGAAGUAUAUUUGUCAUUACGUAUAAUAUCUAAGCAAUGUAUAAAAUGCUCAGACAAAGUAUGUAACAUAACCACAAAAAUCAAAUAUUUCAUACUUCGCCUAAAAACUUCAAGCAUUCUAUAUAAUUUCUUGGCAUUCUAUACAAUACCUGCAUUUCACACAUUGCCGGUAACAUAUAUAUUAUACAUACUGUACUUUUAUUAAUGUGAUAAAGAAUUUUAUAUUUAUUCUAUGAAUUAAAAAAAAAAAAAGAUUUGCAGGUUUGGGACCAGUUUGAGAAUUUUUUACCUUUAAGUAUGUUAUGACCCCGAUCUUACAAAAUCCUUUUAUUUAGGGCCAAUGGUAUACGGCAUCUGCUUCAGUCCUAUUGCAGAUAAGCAACAGCUCACAGACUUGAAAUUUGCAGGUGAGUUGCAAUUUAUAAAAUGAAAGUGUAUAGACAUUCAAAUCUUCAAGGAUGUUGAUUAUUUAAGGAUAUUCCUAUAAAAAAAAUUGAAUGUUUAAAAAAUAAUUCAGUUAAGUAUUAAAGCUCAUUGUCAUGAAAAUGAAGUGAUAAUUUUGAAUUCUAAGAAUAUAUGUAAAUUUAUUUCAGAUUCCAAGACCCUUUCUGAAGAACAGAGAGAGUCUAUUUUUGAAAAGAUGAAUGAGUCACUGCACAUGUUAGGCUGGAUUGUAGAGAUUCUUUCACCAGCUUACAUUUCAUCCAGCAUGCUUCAAAGGUAUUGUUUUCUUAUUUCAAACUGCAUUUUAAAUUUGUGCUUUCAAGCUAAGUCAUGAGGCAAUAGAGAUUUGAUCAUCAUGUACCAGGAGAUCAUUUUAUGUUGUCUUUAAUGAAAGAGAGAAGUGGUUCAUUUUAUAUCAGUUUUCUUGUUUCAUCAGAAGCUUUUUAAACAAAACUAUUUAAGUCUAUUUCAAAUAACUGUUUAUAAUACAAUGAACUUAUUUUGUUCUUGUGCAAAAUUGUUUUGCUCUAAAUCUUGUGAAAAACCAUACAUAGUCCUGAACAGCCCUAUAAACUAGGAAUUUGUAUAACUUUAAAAAAUGUUUGUUUAAAUGUUUUAAGUAUGGGUGAAUUGUACAUGUUGGCAUGUAUGGGUGAAUUGUACAUGUUGGCAUGUAUGGUAGAACUGUACAUGUUGGCAUGUAUGGGUGAAUUGUACAUGUUGGCAUGUAUGGGUGUACUGUACAUGUUGGCAUGUAUGGGUGAACUGUACAUGUUGGCAUGUAUGGGUGUACUGUACAUAUUUGCAUGUAUGGAUGAACUGUACAUGUUGGCAUGUAUGGGUGAACUGUACAUGUUGGCACAUAUGGGUGAACUGUACAUGUUGGCAUGUAUGGGUGUACUGUACAUGUUGGCACAUAUGGGUGAACUGUACAUGUUGGCAUGUAUGGGUGUACUGUACAUGUUGGCAUGUAUGGGUGAAUUGUACAUGUUGGCAUGUAUGAGUGUACUGUACAUGUUGGCAUGUGUGGUGUACUGUACAUGUUGGCACAUAUGGUAUACUGUACAUGUUGGCAUGUAUGGGUGAACUGUACAUGUUGGCAUGUAUGGGUGAACUGUACAUGUUGGCAUGUAUGGGUGUACUGUACAUGUUGGCAUGUAUGGGUGAACUGUACAUGUUGGCAUAUAUGGGUGAACUGUACAUGUUGGCAUGUAUGGGUGAAUUGUACAUAUUGGCAUGUAUGGGUGAACUGUACAUGUUGGCAUUUAUGGGAGGACUGUACAUAUUGGCAUGCAUGGGAGGACUGUACAUGUUGGCAUGUAUGGGUGGAGGAAAUCUUAUUUUCUGUUUUUCUAAAAUUCAGCACAAGUAUGAAUCAGCUUUAACCAAAUACUCCUUGUGUCCAUUAAGACUUAGAAUUUCUUACAUAAGUUUUUAUUAGCACUGAUUAAACAUAUUAUAUAAUUGUUUUUUUUAUUUCCUAUUCAUGUGAUUUUAAUUUUAUUUCAGGGAAAAAUAUAAUUUGAACGCUCUGUCACAUGAUUGUGCCAUACGAUUGAUAAAUAAAGCCUUAGAAAGAGAAGUUAACGUUACAGAGGUAAACUUGAUUGUGUUCUUUCAUUAGUUUCAUUUAAUUUAUAUUUAAAGGCUUCAUCAUAAUAUAAAGCCAAGAGCUUCUUAUAAGCUAAUAUUUGUUGCUUUGGUUUAAAAAACUAUUCAUAUUUAGUUAGAUGUGUGUUUCACUAGUUGUGUUUUAGAGUGUUUUUUUUUUUUAUUUAUUGUGUUUCCGGACUUUAUUUCAAAUAAAGAUUUUGGUGUUAAAAGAUAAGAGACUUUUAUACAUUUUAGUAUUUUUAGAAUAGUAUUGAAAUUUAUUUAAUGGAAAUUUUAGCUUGGGCUGCAUUAGUAACUUGUUCUCAUAUUCAACUGAUUAUUUAGAUAUCAGCAAUUGGGAAUAUUUUAAAAUAUUUUGCUGGUGUAAAAAGUUUUCAAAUGACUAAUACUUUCAGAUUUUUAAAAAUUAUUACUCUAAAAUAGAACAUUGCUACUAAAGCACUCCAAUAAUAGUGAGUAAUUUUGCCAUGCUAUGAGGACAAUUCAUUUAAUUUUGUUAAAGUGGUGUAAUUUUUCUUUCCUACAACUACUUAGAAUUAAAAAUAUCAAAUUGAAAUGCUGCUUAAAAAUUGCAUUGUUUAUUUUCACAAUCUUGACUUUGCUUCAUUGCCUGCCAACAUUGCAGACAUGCUAUUCAACGCAUAUCCUUUUUGUAAGGUAUUUGUAGACACAGUGGGGGAUCCAACCAAGUAUCAAAACAAGUUAAAAGAGAUUUUCCCCACUAUUGAUAUUACAGUGAGCAAAAAAGCUGACUCUCUCUUCCCCAUUGUUAGUGCAGCAAGUAUUUGUGCUAAGGUAAACUUAUUUUUUAGUUUUGUUUGGUUGAAACUUAAAAUUAAAGUAAAUAUGCUGUGAUAAUGAUUUGUAUUUACGUUAUUGUUAUUGUUCCUUGAAGUAAAAUAGAAAGGAGGAUUGACAAUAUACACAUACUUAAAUAAAUCAUACUUUGUUGAGUUUAAAUUGAGUUUUUUUGCUUGUUUCUAAUUGAGUUAUAUAAUUUCAGGUUGCAAGAGACCAGGCUGUGAAGAGCUGGGUUUUUAUGGAAGGUAUCUCGUUAGAUGACCCAGACUAUGGAUCUGGAUACCCUGGGGGUGAGUCCUUAAUAGCCGGUUGUUUUUAUAUCAUGUCUUUAUUUAAUGUUUAUUGAUGCAAGUUUUAUUUUUUUUUACAUUACUAUGGUCUCUAAAUGAUGAUGAUCUGAAUAUAAAACAUAUGAAACCAAGCAAAGUAAAAAUAAGUCAAUAGUUUGUUAUAUUUCCCAAGGAAACCGAUUUUAGAAUCAAAGUAAAAUCUUAAGGAUCUCUCUAGAAACUCAAAUUAAUUUUUGUGUUUAAAAAUGAAUAUAACAAAUGGCAUUUUGUUCUAUCUUAAUCAAGAAAAUAUUUUCUCAAUGCCUUUCAGAUCCUAAGACUAAGAAAUUCCUAGAGAAAAGUUUUGACAGAAUCUUUGGCUUUCCUUCUUUUGUGCGGUUCAGUUGGUCAACAGCUGCUCUUAUUAUGGAGAAAGAUGGAGUUCCAGUUCAUUGGUGUGUUAAUUUUAUUGAACAUACUCCAAACACUUUAUACUUGAGCAUGUGCAUAGUGGUCAAGUAUCUAAAAAUAGUUUUGUUUAGGUAGUUAAUUUGAAUUUAGUGUAUUAUAUUUAUAUCUUGUGAAAGAGCGUAGUUCUCAAAUUAGUUCAAAAGUUUGGUUUGGAGUAAACUUUGAACACAACUUCUUAUGUUGAACUACAAGAAUCUAUCUCUGACAUUUAGGGAAGAUGAUGAAGAAGAAGAUGCAGCACCCCAGGGGACUCCAGUCUUGUCUCAUUUUUUUAAAAAGAAGGACAGCAAGGCAGAAUUAACAAGACAUCGCUUUUUCACCCAGAGACAGCUAAAUCAUGUGACUGACUUCUGA